CUCCUUGUGUGUUGCAUGGGGAUAUUCUGUGACAGCCAGCAAGAGGCAUCCAGUGUUUAAGGAGGGGGUAAAGGACCUCAGCCACAGCCUUCUCUGUACAGUUUAUUAAUAACAGAAGUGCAGAUGCCAUGUCCAGUACAGACAAGGAAGAAGGAAACUCCCAGGGAGAAAGACCUGUCCCAGAGCCUCCUUUACCUAAUCCUGAUGAUGUCCCAGAUGAUCCUGGACCAAUGUCCUUAGAGGGUGUGGGGGUGAGGUUCCAGUUCUGCAUUGCUGCUGUGGGGCAGCUGGAGUGGGAACGUGAUGAACUAAUUCGAGAACUGACACUGCUUCGAGAGCCUUCUUUUGAAGCAGUUAGAAGGGCACAUGAAGAGGUACUGCAGGCAUUUGGCCAGAAAGCUCGGGCAGAACUAGAAAGGGAUGCUCUGCGGGAGGAGGUUCGAACUGUCAGAUGCAAGCUCUUCAGUGUGACCAGAGAAUAUGUUGCAUGCCAAUUUCAGCUGGAGAAACAACAAGAAGAGCUAAAAGAAAAAGACGUACAGCGUGGAGACCUUGAGACUGUUGCUUCCCGUUUGGCAGAGGAGCUUACCCAGCUCAGGACUGCUUUUAUGGAGCAAAGAGAAGAAGCUCAACAGCAACUAAGGAGUCUGUCCACAAGGCAUACAUCAGAUGCACUGCAGGAUAGGCGACGACUCUCUGCAGAGCUACAAAGUCUCACAGAGGAGCAACACAGUUCUCUAGAGGAGCAGUAUGAGCCCAGAUUCCUUCGGCUCCUGGAGCAUAGUGAAAGAGGGGCAGCAGCACUUAAGGCAGCACAGGAGGAGCUGCAGAAGCUUCGUGAUGAACUCAGACCACUACAAGGGGAGGAAUGUAAAAUGAGAGUACAGAGGAAUAGUCUUCAGGAACAGAUUGUUCUCUUGAAAAGAAAAAGGGAAGAGGAAGUUCAUCUUUAUAGGGAGCAGAUACAGGAACUGGAAGAUAGUAUGAGAGAAAUGAAGAUAACUGUGCAGUUGCAGCAGCAACAAAACAAGGAAUUGGAAGAUUUAAAGAGGAGUUUGGCCCAUGAGCUAGCAAUAUACAAGGGCUGCCUUGAAAUUUAUGGACAACUCUUCAAGUCAGUGACAAAAAAGGAAUGAGAAGAAACCAACUUAUUUCCUUAUCAUGUAUGACUGCCCACUCUAUAGUGCCUAUGUUGAUUGCAAGCCCUAUAGAAAUAGGCGGACAUCACUCAGAAGGGCACAACGUUCCCUGUUUUUCUCAGUACCGACCCCC